GCGAGGUCGCCAUAGUGAAAUAAAUAGAAGAAGAAAAGGCGGGAUAAAAGAAUGCGUUGUAGAUCUUUUACCGCGAAUACAUAAAUCAUUUGUGAUUGCAAGUACGCAUGUUAUGUGAAAUUAUAUAAAAACAAAUAAUAAUCAUUGAUUUAAGAUUAUAUAAUUAACUAUGGUUGAAUCAGAUCAUAGCAAUGAGAGUAAAGAGGUAGGGGAUGAAAUGUCUCCUUCAGAAGUACCUAAUGAAUCAAUAAAAACAACAGGCAAAAGACAACGUACGGUAUCGUCUGAAGAAGAAAAAUUACCUACUAAGAAGUCUCGUAAUUCUGUAGACAAAGAGUUACCAGCUUCAAAUGGAUCAACAUCAAAUAAUACCAAUGAUGAUACAAAAGAAGAAAUGGAACAAGAUACAAAUUCAACAAAUAAUCAGAAAAGUAUAUCUUCACCUACAAAUAAACCUCAUAAAAAGUCAAAUAAAGGAGAACAAGAAAAUAAGGAAAGCAGUUCACCACACAGAACUAAUAGUACAAAUGAAACGGAUGAUGAAAAUAUGCAUAAUGCAUCCGAUGAUUCUUCUGAAAUUACUGAAACACCUAAAAAAUCUGUUGCAAAUGAAAAUACUGAAACUUCAUUGAAACAUAAGGAAGAUAGUGAUAAUGAAUCAUCUAAAGAAAAUAUCAAUUUAAAUGCUACAGUGUCAUCUACCAAAGACACAGAGGUAGUAGAUGGAUUGGAACUUUCUGUAGAAUGUGCAAGUGAUAAGGAAGAAUCUAGUUCUGAAAGUGAAAAAGAGGACAAUCAUAAACCAAGAACAAAAACAAUUAUUGUAAAAGCAAAGCCAAAUGAAUCUGAACUUGAUGUUAGUUCAUCUGAAGUAGAAGAAUCGAACGAACAAAAUUUGAAGGACACUUUACAUACAAAGAAAAAUCUUAAACAAGGAAAACAAAAAAGUCUUAAAACAUCUUCUAAUGCAAAGAAGGCUUCUGGUUCGGAAGAUAGUUCAGACAAUAAUAUUCAAGAUGAAGAAUAUAAACCACAAAAUAAGAAAAAAAUUAAAAAGAGUUCAAAUAAGAAAAAUACCAAAUCCUUAUCUGACUCUAAAAGAGGUCGUGGCGUAGGAAAAGUUAAUUCAAAAAAAGGCCAAGAUAAAAAUUUAGUUAAUGACAGCGAAGAUGAAGAUAAUAAUGAUGAUGAUAAAGGUAAUGACAUUGAAAAGAAUGAUAACAAAGAUAUUGCUGAUAGAGUAACCAAAUCAGUUGAUGACAAUAAAGAUGAACAAAAGCACAAUUCAUCGACUAAUGAAACAUCCAAUAGUGAAAGUGAAAGUAAUAAUGAUGAUCCGGAUCAAACGAAGGAUGGUAAAAAGAAGAAACGUAGUUCUAAUAGACCUGAAGAUGAUAAGAGGAUACAAUCAUUAAAAAAGUAUAUAAGAGCAGCUGGUAUAACUGUGAAAUCAUAUCAUGAACUAUGGGGUGGAUGCAAAACUAAUGCUGCAAGAGUACGACGAUUAAAAUCAUUGUUGGAAAAACAUGGAGUUAAUGGAAGACCAACUUUAGAGAAGUGUAAAAAAGUGAAAGAACAUAAUGAAAGAUUAAAAGAAGUAUCUGAAUUGGAUAAGAGCAAUAUUAUAUCAGAAGGACGCAUCACACGUUCUCGUAGAGGUAUGGAUACUAAUAAAAACUCUUUAGUCUCACCAGAAACUCCAUCACGAUAUCGCGAAGCUCGCAACACGUACAAAAGAAUUCAAACUGUUAUUGAUAGUGACUCUGAGUAACAUAUAAGUAAAAUUUAUUUAUAUAAAUUGUUCAUAUAAAAUAUUUUUUAUCAGAAUUUCUAAAAUUGAAUUUUAUGCACAAAUCUGUUAUUAUUUCGCCUAUGUGUAAAUUAUAUCUUAUAUCUAUUUCUAAAAAUAAUUAUUCUACGUUAAUGAAAAGUAAUAAUCGUAUUACAAACAAAAAAUGUAUUUUUGGCAUUUUUCUAAUAAGAUAAAAAAUAUUUUUAUGAAAUUUAUUUGACAUGUAAAAACAGAGAUCUUCUCAAUGCAGGUUCAUAUUGUAUGCUUUGAAAGUUAUGUAAUAUUUUAUAGCAGCGUUUCCCAAAGUUCUCGUAAAAUGCUCUUACGAGUUACGAGAAUAUUGCAGUAACAGUCAUAUUUUAUAACACAAUAAUUACAGUCUACAGGUUCUUAAAAAUUGUAUAUUAUAAACAUAUGACCGUACGGCAAAAGAUUGAGAAACACUGCUCUACAGAUUAUAUCAUUUGUUUAUUGUAAUGAAAAAUAUCAAUGUUACAAUUAUACUUUAAUCUCUAGUAUAUUGAUCAUAUUUCUAAUCUUUAAAAAAUUUAAGAUAUAUAAAAAUAUAAUAUGAAAUUAAAUCACUAUACUUUCGAAAA